GAUCGCAUCUAUGUGAUGCCUUGGAUCCCCUACCGAACAGACACACUGACCGAAUACGCAUCAUGGGAGGAUUACGUGGCCGCCCGCCACACCACCACCUACCGCCUGCCUAACCGUGUGGACGGCACGGGCUUUGUGGUCUAUGAUGGUGCUGUCUUCUACAAUAAGGAACGAACUCGAAACAUUGUCAAGUAUGACCUACGGACGCGAAUCAAGAGUGGGGAGACGGUGAUCAACACUGCUAACUACCAUGACACCUCGCCCUAUCGUUGGGGGGGCAAGACAGAUAUCGACCUGGCGGUGGACGAGAAUGGGCUGUGGGUCAUUUAUGCCACCGAAAGCAACAAUGGGAGGUUGGUGGUAAGCCAGCUCAAUCCCUACACCCUGCGCUUUGAGGGUACUUGGGAGACAGGCUAUGACAAGAGAUCAGCCUCCAAUGCCUUCAUGGUCUGUGGCGUUCUCUAUGUGCUCCGCUCCGUCUAUGUGGACGAUGACAGCGAGGCUGCUGGCAACCGAGUCGACUAUGCCUUCAACACCAAUGCCAACCGGGAAGAGCCUGUCAGCUUGGCGUUUCCCAACCCUUACCAGUUUGUCUCCUCAGUUGAUUACAAUCCCCGUGACAACCAACUCUAUGUGUGGAACAAUUACUUUGUGGUGCGCUACAGCCUUGAGUUUGGACCACCAGACCCCAGUGCUGGCCCAGCCACCUCACCACCCCUCAGCACAACCACCACAGCCCGUCCCACCCCGUUGACAAGCACAGCCUCACCUGCUGCUACCACACCACUCCGCCGGGCACCCCUCACUACUCACCCUGUAGGUGCCAUCAAUCAGCUGGGGCCUGAUGUGCCACCUGCCACGGCCCCAGCCCCCAGUACUCGAAGACCUCCAGCCCCCAAUCUGCACGUGUCACCUGAGCUAUUCUGUGAGCCUCGGGAGGUUCGGAGAGUCCAAUGGCCAGCCACCCAGCAAGGCAUGUUGGUAGAAAGACCCUGCCCCAAGGGCACACGAGGGAUUGCUUCCUUCCAGUGUCUACCAGCCCUCGGGCUCUGGAAUCCCCGAGGCCCGGAUCUCAGCAACUGUACUUCCCCCUGGGUCAACCAGGUAGCCCAGAAGAUCAAGAGUGGUGAGAAUGCAGCCAACAUUGCCAGUGAGCUGGCCCGACAUACCCGGGGUUCUAUCUAUGCGGGUGAUGUCUCAUCUUCAGUGAAGCUAAUGGAGCAGCUGCUGGACAUCCUGGAUGCCCAGCUUCAGGCUCUUCGGCCCAUCGAGCGUGAGUCAGCUGGCAAGAACUACAACAAGAUGCACAAACGAGAAAGGACCUGCAAGGACUAUAUCAAGGCAGUAGUGGAGACAGUGGAUAACCUGCUUCGUCCAGAGGCCCUGGAGUCAUGGAAGGACAUGAAUGCCACAGAACAGGUGCACACAGCCACCAUGUUGCUGGACAUCCUGGAGGAGGGGGCCUUCCUAUUAGCUGACAAUGUCAAAGAACCUGCUAGAUUCCUUACUGCGAAGCAGAAUGUAGUGCUUGAGGUUACCGUGCUGAACACCGAGGGGCAGGUACAAGAACUGGUGUUCCCCCAGGAGUACCCCAGUGAAAACUCUAUCCAACUGUCUGCCAACACCAUCAAGCAGAACAGCCGUAAUGGUCAGUGCCGUGGGGGAAGUGUGUGUGUGUGGGGAGGAAGUGAGCCUAUUCGGGAAUAUUGCUGAGCUCCAGUAAAGCCCCCUCCCUAGUACUUGGAAUCAUGUGGGAGCUGAGGGGUAUCUCAGACCCCAAAGGGGACAAAGUGAAUAGGAUCCUCCCCAGGGUGAGGCUCCAGAAGGCUUUCAUUAGCUUCCAGGAAUAAUGAAGUGAUUGUGCCACCCUACUCUAUCCUGGUGGUCAGACCACAUCUAGAAUAUUGUGGUCCUGGAUACUGCUUUGAGGGAUGAGAUGGAAAAACUAGAGAGGGCCUCGAAUCUAUGCCAUAUAAGAACUGGGGACAUUUAGCCUGGAGAAUAAAAGAGAUCAAUCUGUUUCCAGAUCUCUGUUAAGCAGAAGAAUCAGGACUCACUAUAUGGCUCCAGAGGGCAGAGACAGGAGCCAAGGAUGGAGAAAGUUGUCAAAAGGCACAUUUAGGCUUGACAAGAAAAGUACACUAAGGAGGCAACUAGGUAUUAUAGUGGUUAGAGUACCAGGCCUG